AUGCUGCUCAACAUCUCGCAGGUCGAUAGCAAGACGUUCCAGCAAACCGAGGUGGUUUGGGCAUCGUCCAACAUUAGCACUGACCCUGCCACGUGGACUGCUGAGCUGUCGUCAGCAGUGACCCGAUCCAGCAUCGCCAAUCUGACCAUGCAAAACCCCCAGAUGUGGAUCUACGGAGGCAAGUUCGAUGUGAAGAAUCUCAACUACUCCUUCAAGCCGGACAACGCAGUGCUGCUGGUGCAGAGCCUCACAGGCACGCUGCUGGGCACCAACGUGAACAGCCAGAACCUGCAAGUGCCUAUAGACUCUGAUGACAUCCCCACUCUCAGUGGCCAGCUUAUUUCCCGGUUAUUCCUCCCGCCAUUGAUCAUCCUUCAUUCAUCAUCGCACGUUUAUCGUUGUAACAUCGAUCCAAUCUAUGCUGUUUCUUUCUGCAGUGGUCUGAUCACAGCAGCGGGAGGCGGGGAGCAAGCGGGGGCACUGGUGGGAGACAGCUUCCUGCAGCUCAACAUGACCAUCCAGGCCAUCGGCCCGCCUGGCCGUGGGCCGCCCCCUCCCUUCCGUGCCCCCCCUCGUGCGCCGCGCCGCCUGAGAUGA